AGAUGGGGUGAAACUUACUGUCAUCUGCCAUGGCCAAAAAUAGAUCCCUACAACUGGAGAGACCUGUUUGUACAACGAUUCUUGACUAAGAAAAGUACAGCCACAAAACUGGAACAGCUGGCCAGUUUGACCCAAUCUGGUGACGAUAUACCUUUGAAAGCAAGGAGAGAGGGUCGUUUCUACGAUUUCUUGGAAGAUGAGCACUUUCUUCCUCAUGUCUCAUCAGAGCUGAAGCCUAUGUUUGUCCUGAGUGCUUUAAGUGAAGUUAUAAAGAAAGGAGACUGUCGAAACAAUCUCACUCAGAGGUAUCAUGCGGAAAACUCCCUUAUGUACCUAAGGCACCUCAGCUUGCGGCCAGAAAUCGAUCGCUUUAUCAGGCAAACUCUUGACAAAGACAUUGAAGAGGGUGCAGUGCUCAUAGCUCAGUGGUUUCAGCCGUGCUUUGAGUUUAGUGUAAAUGAUAUAAAGAGUCAAUUUGAUCAGCUGGCAGAGAAAGUAAGACAGGUUCUCUACAUUGACCAUCCUGAGCACAGUGUUUUUGCUGGCUCUGCACCUGUGAUUCCAGAAAAAUUGGAAGCAUCACUGUGGAUCCCCUCAGAAUGUAAACAGAUUGUGAUGGCUAUAGGAUCAGUUUUCAACACAUUAUUCAACCAGAACUUCCAGCAUUAUUUUGAAGCAGAAAAUUCUUUCAUUAAUCUAGUGCUGGAGCGGAGACAGGGAAUUCCCAUCACCUUGUGUUUGGUUGUACAAAGCAUUGCGAGACGCCUGGGUGUCAUUUUAGAACCUGUCAGUUUCCCAUGCCAUUUCAUACUCCGCUGGCUGGAGUACCCGAGGAAAAUAGGAAUAGACCAGUAUACAUUUAUUGACCCAUUCAACAAGGAGUUCUCCCUGACAUUUCAAAAUGUCCUCAAUUUAGCCUCCUCAAGACAUUUACCUAUCAACAGGAAUCAUUGCGAUGCCUGCUCUAAACAGGAAGUCCUGGUACGUAUUGUGCGAAACCUGGUCAACAUCGGCAAGCGCAGUAUAUCAAGCAGUAAUAUGAUGUUCUUUCGCCAUGCUGCUGAACUCCAUUCGCUCAUCUGCCCCGAGGCUAUAGAUGUGUUAUUACUCUCCAUGCAGCUGACAAUCCACCUACAGCUUAACUUGCAGGCUGUCCGUGAUGAUUUACAGAAGCUUCAGCCAGCUCAUCCUGAUAUGUUAGAGGGAAUAUUAGAUUUAGAGUAUCGGACUGUGGCUCAGCUCAGAAAGUUUGAUGCUUACAAACCGGAACGUAAACAACCCAAACGGAGAUCCAAAUACCCCGAAGUGAAGUUUGCCACUGGCAUGGUGAUGAAGCACCUCCGCUACCAUUAUGAGUGUGUUAUUUAUGGAUGGGACAACCGGUGCAAAGCUAAAGCCUCAUGGAUACUGCAGAUGGGGGUGAACAACCUCCCCCGUGGCUCCCAGCAGCCUUUCUACAACGUGCUUGUGAUGGACGGAAGCAACCGCUACGCUGCGGAGGAGAACCUGGUCCCAACACGCUGUACUGAGCCCAUCACCCAUCCUGAGGUUGGCAUGUAUUUCGAAAGCUUCAACGAAUAUUAUUACACUGCCAACCGAAUGACGGAGGAAUUGUAUCCGGAUGACACUGAAGUUGCCAAGAGUUUUGCAGUGGAACUCUUAACCAAUUAAAAAACAGGCUGGGCUUUUUUUUUUUUGGGGGGGGGUGAUUGCGGCCUCAAAAUUGUAGAGUUUUGAUUCUGUUGUACGUCUUGCAGUCAGACAGGAAAACCUUGAAUUCUGGCGUGACCUAGUGUUUAGGAAUGCAAUAGAUUUUGGCCCUUUUCUUGUUAAAUAGUGACAAAGGGACUGUGAGCUAUAGUUAUAGCUACUCCAGCUUUCUAAUCACCAUAUCAUUUUAGCUGACUGAGGACAGAACAACAAUAAGUAAUUGCUCUCGUGCCAUUUUAUGAUGGUAAUGAUGUUGUUGUUGUUGUUUUCAAAUCCCUUUAGCUGCGAGCAUUUCGCUCUUGGCAGCGCAAUGCC